AAGCGAGACCGUCCAUCCAGAGGAAGGCAAGUUUUUGGCUCGGGCGGCUGAGAAGACCGCGCGGGGCUGCAGACAGGUAGCAGUACGGGGGCGGGGCUUCAUGCCGGAUGUGAUAGUCGGCAGUCGUUUCAGUUGGCAGCCUGGCGGGUGGGAGAUGCGGCGGCCACCUGCUGCAAGGAACCGAAGGGAAGGUUAGAGGUACGAAGGCAGUUUGGAGCUGGGGCUAAGCAGCUGUCGCACGGUCAGAUCAUGGGCUCCACCAAGCACUGGGGCGAAUGGCUCCUGAACUUGAAGGUGGCUCCAGCCGGCGUCUUUGGUGUGGCCUUUCUAGCCAGAGUCGCCCUGGUUUUCUAUGGCGUCUUCCAGGACCGGACCCUGCACGUGAGGUAUACGGACAUCGACUACCAGGUCUUCACCGACGCCGCGCGCUUCGUCACGGAGGGGCGCUCGCCUUACCUGAGAGCCACGUACCGUUACACCCCGCUGCUGGGUUGGCUCCUCACUCCCAACAUCUACCUCAGCGAGCUCUUUGGAAAGUUUCUCUUCAUCAGCUGCGACCUCCUCACCGCUUUCCUCUUAUACCGCCUGCUGCUGCUGAAGGGGCUGGGGCGCCGCCAGGCUUGUGGCUACUGUGUCUUUUGGCUUCUUAACCCCCUGCCUAUGGCAGUAUCCAGCCGCGGUAAUGCGGACUCGAUUGUCGCCUCCCUGGUCCUGAUGGUCCUCUACUUGAUAAAGAAAAGACUCGUCGCGUGUGCAGCUGUAUUCUAUGGUUUCGCGGUGCAUAUGAAGAUAUAUCCGGUGACUUACAUCCUUCCCAUAACCCUCCACCUGCUUCCAGAUCGCGACAAUGACAAAAGCCUCCGUCAAUUCCGGUAUACUUUCCAGGCUUGUUUGUACGAGCUCCUGAAGAGGCUGUGUAAUCGGGCUGUGCUGCUGUUUGUAGCAGUUGCUGGACUCACGUUUUUUGCCCUGAGCUUUGGUUUUUACUAUGAGUACGGCUGGGAAUUUUUGGAACACACCUACUUUUAUCACCUGACUAGGCGGGAUAUCCGUCACAACUUUUCUCCGUACUUCUACAUGCUGUAUUUGACUGCAGAGAGCAAGUGGAGUUUUUCCCUGGGAAUUGCUGCAUUCCUGCCACAGCUCAUCUUGCUUUCAGCUGUGUCUUUCGCCUAUUACAGAGACCUCGUUUUUUGUUGUUUUCUUCAUACGUCCAUUUUUGUGACUUUUAACAAAGUCUGCACCUCCCAGUACUUUCUUUGGUACCUCUGCUUACUGCCUGUUGUGAUGCCACUAGUAAGAAUGCCUUGGAAAAGAGCUGUAGUUCUCCUAAUGUUAUGGUUUAUAGGGCAGGCCAUGUGGCUGGCUCCUGCCUAUGUUCUAGAGUUUCAAGGAAAGAACACCUUUCUGUUUAUUUGGUUAGCUGGUUUGUUCUUUCUUCUUAUCAAUUGUUCCAUCCUCAUUCAAAUUAUUUCCCAUUACAAAGAAGAACCCCUGACAGAGAGAAUCAAAUAUGACUAGUGUAUGUUCCACACCCUCUGCUACUGUGUUACAUUCUGAUUGUCUUGUAUGGACCAGAAGAGAGCUUUGGGACAUUUUUUCUGAACAUUCUAAGCAUUCUAGUGAAAGUUCCCAUGUUCCAACAGAACUUAAAAGCAAUGUUUGCCUUAUAUAUAAAAGGGACACAAUAAUUGAGGUCCACCUUCUAGGAAAUCCUAGGACUCGUUUAUUUGGGACAUGGUGGGAAUAAAGGUCACAUAUUGGAAAAUGGAAAGGCUGAUGAAACUAUCAGAUACUAAAACAUUCUUAAAAUAGAGGAAUAUAGUUAGAGACAUCAGGUUUAAGCCAGUAUUUGUUCCUGUUUUACAAUGCUUCUGUCUUAAGCUGUGUCUUAACUUUUAACCCCCAUCUUUUCUUUCUAAAGCUUUCCUGACAGCUGUGAAAAUCCAAAAAAUAUACUUAAACUGUGUAUGGUGGCCCUUGCCUGUAAUCUCGGCACUUUGGGAGGCUGAGGUGGGAGGGUCGCUUGAGUUCAGGAGUUCUAGACCCACCUGGGGCAAGAUGGUGAGACCUAGUCUCAAAAAAAAAAAAAAAAAAAAAAAA